AUUUCGUUUUACGGUCAAUUAUUUUCCGUAGUCGUUACUGAUAAUCAAACGGCCUCGCCGUGGAGGAGGUAGCUGUAUUCCGGCGAAAUGGCGAACGAGGAAGAUAGAGCACUGGAAGAGCAGUUGGAAAUCCAAUUGGAUGAGCAGAAAGACGCUCUCCAUUCUCUCACUGAAGCAAUAUCCUCUGAUCCUUCCGAUCCCGAACUCCUCUCGGUUCAUGAAGAGCUUGUUCAGUCUAUAAAAGACUCCGAGGAAGGCCUUCUUCACCUAAAACGUGCAAGGUUGUUGCUAGAGGUUGAUGCUUCUUUACAUGGUUUCAAGGAGCAACCUGCUGAUGUUGAGGUGGAGCCUCUUGAUCCAACAGAGAAUGAAGAAGAACCGCUAGUGGAUGAAGAGUAUGCUGUUGGAUCAAAAUGUAGAUUUCGCAAUAAUGAUGGAAGGUGGUAUAAUGGUCUAAUCGUUGGGUUGGAGGGUUCUCAUUUUGCAAAAGUUUGUUUCCGCACUCCAACGUCUGAAAACAUGGUGGUCGGGGGUUUUCUCUCUUUUUGGCUUUUGCUUGUAACAUUCUGCAUGGGGAUCAAACCUUGUGCAAGUAGAUUGGAUGCCACAAACCUCAUACCAAUGUGCCAGUUCUUUCUACAGCAGCGAUGUCGAUUUGGUAGUAGUUGCCGCUUAUCACAUGGUAUUGACAUUCCAAUAUCCUCGUUAAAGAAGUAUAUCCCUAUUAAAUGGGAUUCAUCACUUGCAGGUUCCUGCAUCUGGGCUCGCUCAGAUAGCAAAGCUGGACUUUGGAAAAAAGCUGAACUUGGGUCUUGGGAUGAAAAGCUUAAUUUGGGUCACAUUGUUUUCUGUGAUGAUGGAAGUUCUACUAUGCUUGGAGCUGAAAAUAUUGAACUGUCUGAACAUGCAGAGGUGAGUGAUGAAGAAGAGAGUUACUCGGGUUCAGAAGAAUCUGAUUCUAGUGACUAUGAAGAUGAUAGUCCAGAAGGGUUAGGAUUUGUGGGAAGCACAGCCCUGCAGUGUGGUGUCCAGAACGAAACAACACUUUUUGCCAAGUGGGAAAAUCACACACGUGGCAUAGCUUCCAAGAUGAUGGCAAACAUGGGUUACCGUGAAGGAAUGGGGUUAGGCUCAUCUGGACAGGGAAUGGUGAAUCCUAUUCCUGUGAAAGUUCUUCCACCUAAACAAUCUCUUGACCAUGCCAUUAAAAACCAGAAAGCUGAGCAUGAAGACAAAGAGCAUAAGAAAAGAAGUAGGGGUGGUAAGAGGAAACGUGAGAAGAAAUUUGCAGCAGCUGCUCGGGCUGCAAAAGAAGCAGAGAAAUCAAGACCAGAUGUGUUUAGUCUUAUCAAUACUCAGCUUGCAGUGCAUGAAGAAACCAUGAACAACAGCUCAUGAAAUAGGCGGCCAAGUAAGGCAAAAGGGGGAGAGAAGAAAGAAGACAGGAGGGCUCUGGUUGCAUAUGAUGAUGAGAUAAAAGGGUUGAAGAUACAGGCUCAGAAACUGGAAGAAAUGGUGCAGCGAAACAGGAACGAGAAGCCGGUUUAUGACGCUGCUAUGAGGAAGCUAAAUGAAACACGUAAAGCUAUAGCCACUGCUGAAGCUGCUCAUGCAUCUGCAUCAAAUGCAGUUCAUAGCAAGGAAAAGGAAAAGAGAUGGCUGAAAUUCUAGAGUAGCUCAUUGCUUAUUCUGUAUAACCUGGAUGAUUUUGAGUUAUUUCAAUUCAGUAUGAUGCUUCCGGCGAAUCACUGUUCUUUUAAUACUUAUUCUCUUUCCUUUUUCAUUAGUUCAUUUUACUACUACUUUGAUGAGUCUCUAUAGGAGUUCCUUAAUUAUUCCUUUUUCUCGAGUUCAUUUUACUACUUUGAUGCGUCUCUAGGAGAGAUUUUGAAGUUUGAACUUCACCUCUUUUUCAUUGAUGCAUCAAUUUCCUUUGUAUCUGUUAUUGUAUCACUGUAUAAAGAGUGAAUUGUUA